AUGGCCGCCAUACCCGAGAGAAGUCGAACGUUGGGUGGGGAGCGGGUGGCGCAGCUUUUCGGAGGGCUCGGCAAACGAAUUGGAUGCGAGAGGUACACGAGGCGUUUUGCAUCGGCCAGGGCAGCCACGGGCAUAUUGAUAAGAGGACAACAACGAGCCCUCUGGUUUACGAAAAGGAGAGGAGAUGACGAGUGGUACCGGAGCUCGACAGGGUGCAAUCUUUUACCUCGAACCGGGAAGGAUUGA